AUGACGGAAGAAAUUACGCAAAUAAGUCCUUCUCAAGAAUAUUACCUUGAUAUUAAUAGCUUAUCAGCUAUGUUACAAGAACUUAAGAAGGGAGAAAUGGACAUAAAUUCAUCUUAUUACUUAAAAAUCGUUGAAUAUUGGUGUGAUUAUAAAUGGAAUUCUAUCGUUGAAGCACAACUUGCAGAUUUAAUACAUUCUGUUCUGUUUGGAACGUUAAUUGAAAAUUACACAAAGUUUGAAAAAAUACAUUAUCAAAUUGCUCGUACACAAGUUAGUUUCUACUUUAACGUAUUUAGCACAUGGGAAGGAUUCACACAAUGGAUAAAUGAAACAUCAGAAAGCAUCCAAUUAAUGUUUUAUCUCGCAUUAUCAAGAAAAUUCAAUAAUAGUUCACCAUUAUUUUCUCAAAAUACGGCUUCAGUUAAAGAACACUUUAUAUCUUCAGGCUUAAAAGACCAAUUCUUGAAUAAAACGUUUUCACAAAAUCAACAAAACUCUCCGAUUAACUUCGCAAUACUUGCAGCAUUAUCUAAAUGGAUUGAUACAUCAUUUAUCUUCGACGAAAACAUCAAAACGGUCAUUCUUUCUCAAAUGCAAAACCCAGAAACGUUUCCUUACAUAUUAAAGCUGUAUUCUCAUGCAAUUAUGAGAAUUCCACAGGAAAACAUUCUCGAUUUUGUAAAUAUUUACUCAAAUUUUGAAGAAAUUCCAAAUUUAUUACAAAAAUUCAAUACUGCAGCGACUCAAGUAGCAUUUGCAGAAUAUAUUUGUUAUCUAUUUGCAAUUUGUGAUAAUGUUGAAACAAAAAAUUUAUUUGCUGAUUAUGCAAAACAAAUUUCUCCAAAUUUCCCAGCUGCUGCACCAGUUUUGCUACAAAUAUUUAUUUCUUUAGCUAAAAAUCCAGAAAACGCUCUAGAAAUGUUCUCAAUUGGUUGGACAUCGCUUUUUAAUUUAGCAUCAGCUUCUGACUUGAAUUUAUCAAACAUAAUGAAUUACCAGAAGUCUAUAUGUGAUCCAGAAAACAUUGCAUACACUGCUUAUACCGUAAACAACGAAGAAAUUUUCAAAGUACUAUCAGAAGAAAUUUAUGCAGAGAUUGACCCAGUUAACCAACCACAACUGGCUUUGGCACAAAUGAACCUUAUUGUCCGAUUUGUUUUUAAUGGAAAAUGCACAUUUAAAGAAAUGGAUGAUUAUCUUGACAAAAUUUUCACACUUUUUGCUAUUGAAGCCGCCGAACUUGUUACAAGUAUGCCACAUUUAGUCCUUUUAUGGACGAUUUAUGAAUUAGGAGGCAUUUAUCCAUUGCAUUUUGGAAAAUAUCGAAAUCAAUUUGUUGAAAAGUACUUGGAGUUGAUUUCUUUGGAAGAUUUAGACCAGGAGAUCCUUGAUAAGUUCGAAGAUGUCUUUUUAGAAUACGUAAAAGCAAAUAAUCUAAAUCAAAUCACAUUUAACGAAGAAAUCCUAGGAACAGUACUCUCCAAGAUGUCAAUAACAAGAAUAUGCAUUGCAGCACUGUUUGCAAUGAAUAUGAUUGAUAAUGAGCUUCAAAUAAAAAUUAUUGAAAUCAUUUUACAAGCUAUCAAUGAUUGUGAUGACCAACCACAUGAGAUAGCCAAAUUGCUUCUUAAAUUCAUCUCUUCUUUCUGCGAUAAAAUUUCUUCCGAAAUUCAACCAAAAAUCAAAGAAAUUGUUGCUGAAACAGAACAAUUCUGCGAAGAUGAUGAAAUUAAUUCUUUAUCGAUGUACGUUUCCUACAAUCUUGAUGCAAAUUCCUAUUUUGAAACUCUUCCUGAAAGAUUUAGAUUAAUUCAAUGGAUUAAAUCAGUAGAUGCGAUGCAAUCAACACUAACCGGAUAUAUACCACCCGAAGAUCACAGAGAGAUGUUCGCUUCUUUACUUCUUCAGUCAUUAGAAAUAUUAAUUCAGAUUAUCCAAAGAAUUUUCGAAUGUUUUAUUGGAGGAAUGGUUCCAGAAGAGGAAAUGGUUAAAGUUCUUCGAAAAUUCAUUCCUCUUCUUCAAAGAAUUAAGAAAACUAAAAAUUUACACAUAGAAAUUCCUCAAGAGAUAGCUAUAGAACUAAAUAACUGGGUAGCUAAGGCAUUACAGUUAGCUUUCAACUCAUUCCAAGUCACAAGAUUCCUUAUUUUAUUGUUAAAAGAAAUUUUCAUUUUUGAUGAAAAUUUAACUAAUGAAUAUGGCAAAAUAAUAUUUUCUUUUGUCCUUUCAGAAGAAUACAGCCCACUUCUAAACGGAAUUAUGGUUACUCAGGAAGCUUCUAUUGAAAUGAUUUUGAAGAUGCCAAUUGAAUUGAUUCCAACAAUCCUCUCUCCUUUCUUGGCAAUGAUUGGAUGUCCGGAUAUUAGUGAACAAGUAAUAGGUGCCAAAAAACUCAAAAAUGAAAAAAGAUUUGCUGCAGUUCACAAAAUUUUCCAAGUUCUAUGGAAAUACGCACAGGUUGUUCCUCUAAAUUAA